GAGCAUCAUCAUCAUCAUCCUCGUCAUCAUCGCUCUGUAUCAUCCACCUUUUAAAACCCCCUCAAAAAUCUCUCAACACCUUCUCUCUAAAACAAUCAACACUCUAAACAAAUUCUCCCUCUCUCUCUGUUUCUGAUUCAAUAUGGGUUUUAGUAAAGAAGAGAUUAGCAAAAGCAGAAGGUUUUGGUCUUCUCUAUGGAGAGGCAUCAAAACUGUAUUCGUUUUGUUCACAAUGUUCCUCUCUUUCCUCCUCGUCUCUGCUCCGAUCUUCCUCGCCCUCGCAGAUGCUCUCCUCCCUUCCGCUCUCCUCCACCGCCUCUCCACGCCGGCGAACCUCUCUUCUCAUCUCACCAACUACGAUUUCCGCCACUCUCUCAUCGAUAUUCCAUUAAUCUCCAUAGUCAGAUCCGCCGUUAUACUCUGCGUUUACGGGCUUUGUGAUGGACCCAAGUUAUCGAGAGGUCCGUAUCUGAUGAUAACAAUGAUCUGCUCAAUUUCAUCUCUGAUCUACGUUUCGUUAAAAGCUGCGUUCGUAUUCGGCGAGCCAGCGAAUGUAGACGGCGGUGGUAACUACUUCAGAGCGGCGGAGGUAGCUCUGUUUCUAUGCUCGUCCGUUUUAGCCGUUGGUCAUAUAGUUGUGGCGUAUAGAACAAGUUGUAGAGAGAGAAGAAAGCUCCUCGUCUUCAAGAUCGACAUCGAAGCUGUUUCGGCAUGUAAAAACGUGUACCCGAGAUACCAAAAGAUCCUCCAACAAGAGAGACUCAUAUAGAUACGUUUUUCAGGAGACUCAAAUACAUGUUGCAAAUAUGUAUACACACAUGACACGUGGCCAAACGUAUGUUAAUAUAUGAAAAUACGACGUGUAAAUGUAGCUUCUUCUCCUGCCUUUCGGUGUUGACCCAUAUCAACUCCUUCGCUUUUAAGUUUCAGAAAGAUCCAAAGGGCAUAAGAUAGUCUGUAAAGGCGGGACGAACAGAUAGACCUAGUGAGAACUAUACAGGUUUUUAUGGUAGACAACUCCGAUGAAUUGGCAGUUGUUAGCUUUGAUAUUAGUUAGUGAGAUUUGUAUAUAAUAUAGUUUUGUAGUAACCUAGAGCUCAUCAGUGUGAAAAGAUGCCCAAGGCAUUUUUAAUUUUCUUUUUGUUUUGUAUAUAUUUUAUGACAUUUUCAAAAUAUUUUAUGAAUUUUGGUUUUACUAGUUGUAAGCAUCAGACCAGAUGUGUAAUGAAGGCAUCAUCAAAACUUCUUAUAUAAUUGUAAAGCAACCG